AUGCCCACAAAGCCUGUUACAAAAAGCUCAAGAGUUGCGAAAGCUAAGAGUCCUGAAAAGAAAGCCCCAGACCCUCAGUUUGGUCCGAGUCUCAUCUACACUCAAGACGACUUGGAGAAUGACAUGUCAAAUGAAUAUACGGAGGCUUGGCUAUGCCGUAGCUCAGAGCACAAACUCUACUCACUGUUCAACCUCAUUCUCUCGCUCCACUCGCUCAACCUUCGUCACCGAAACGACUAUCGGGUUUCCUUGAUUUCUUGCCCGCAAACCCUGUUCGGCGCCAUACCGCCUAUCGGUGUAUCGGAAGAAGAAGACUCCAAUUUGUUGCAACAGGCAGAGGAGAAAGCGAAGGCGAAGUCGGACAACGGUUCGGAACAGGAGGAGCAGUCGAUGGGAGACCUUCCUCCGGAGAGAUGCCCCGACUUUGCCCGCUUUGUCAUAUUCAGUGACAAGGAAGAACUUCUGAGUCGCUCCGGACUAUCUGCAACUCGCGAAAUUGUCGAUUUCUACGAGCUUAAGGCCCUCAAUUGCCCGCAGAAGUGGUGGACGGAGGAAGCGAGGAUCGCCGCAGAGGCCAUCAUGAUGGCGACCAUUACCCAGGUGUACGAGACGGCUAUGGCUGCAUUUGCGUAUAACCCGGAUUGGAAGCAGUUGUUUGGUGUCAUCGUUGUCGGUGCUUACUUCACGCAGGUAGUCUGGAAGAAGCGACCGUCGGACGAUGUAUUGAGGCCGAUCUUCGACACAGAAGUCCCCGAAACUGUGAAGAAGGGGGUCUCCUAUCGAGAACUCAUUGGGAAGCUGUUGAAUCAAAUUCCCCAAUAUGAGGAACGGGUGCUGCCUGAGAUCCUCUAUUGGAAUGCACCCGUCUUCAACUACCAUCGGGUUGAAGACAGCUGCGAUGAUCCACGGGUUUCCCUCACACUCCAGUUCCUCUGGGCUAUGGGAUCUCCCAUCAAGACCAACUUCUCGCAGCUCGUACCUCGCUCGGGCUUGUUUGAGAUGCCGGCCAAGAAGCCUUCAAUAUCUUGGGGAACGAGGAGUCAAGCAGAGGACGCCUUCAACAACAUCCUGAAGAUCAUCCCUAUUUGCAGUUUGAAGGAAAAGGCACGGUCGCUCGGUCACCGCUUCGAUGGAGAUCCGGAGCCGGCCUCCCCGACGAGUACCCCGCCCAACUCCGUGGCUGACGAGAGGUACAAGGCCUCGUUUAGGAACACCAACAACUUGCCUCCGCGACAUAUCAGAACUCGUCUGUGGCAGGCGCAGUUGAUUGAAGCGGACAGUGACAAUGUCGAGGACGCCAGUGCUGCCUAA